AUGGAUGACGUUGAAAUAAAUUUAAAGUUGGCUUCACUGGGUUGUUUAAAUGAUUCCGUAGCCGGAGAAGAUUAUAUCGCUGACUAUAUCCUUUAUAGACUCAAUAAGUUACAUCUUUAUACCUAUGUUAAAACCCUUAAUCUCUCUUCACCAACCAAUAAUAUCAGCCAGAUAUCACAACAUAUUGGUGAAAUUAUUGUGAAGAAGUGGAACUCAGUGGAUCCAGUUAACUGUUAUAAAAUUUUUAUCAACCAAUUUCGAAUGGGCUUUUUCGGAAAAAUCUGCCUCGACGAUCUUUCCAAUGUCAUUCAACUUAAUCAACUCAACGAUUACACACUCAGUUACCCAGACAACAUCAACUUAAUAUUACUCAUUUCCAAUAGUACAACCAGAUAA